AUGUCCAUAUCUAAAAAAACGUUUCAGACUAGAGUAUUAUUGGAAUGUAGCUUAGAACCUUAUAUGAAAAAAAUAGAGUGUUACUUAACGUCACUCGAGUUAAUUGCUGAUACAAAGAAUGAUCAAAGUCGGGAAAAAGCACAAGAACUCCUAGAACUUUACAAGCAGGCAAGUACAGACGGAACAAUAAAUAGUUUAAAUACAAUAAAUGGUGUAAAUGGAAAUAUAACUGGCGAUGCAUUUAACAUAAAACUUGUGCCCAGGAUGAAUAAUCAAGAAGAGAAUGAUAAUAAAGUUCAGAAAAGAUUAAGAAUUAAUGAUUAUUUCGCUGUACAUGCUACCACCCCUCAACGUGAACAGUAUCAACAAGAAAAUCAGAAUUUGAAUAAUCUCUCUCCGGAAAGUUCCAAUAAUAAUAUCUCAAAAAAACCUCAGAAUGGUAGGUCAAUAUUGGAGUCAGCGGAUUCGAAGAUGAACCAAGGGAAUCAUAAUUUUAAGUGUGAAGGCCCUAUUAAUAAAGAUAAUGAGGAUACAUUUGUCCACAACACUUUACACGACUUAAUAAAUGAGAUUUUUCGUGAAUCAGAAUCAAUAUUAGAAUUAGUAUGGGCAAAUAGUGAGAGCUCCUCUUCGAAAAUUCGACAUUCAAGCAACAAGGAAAAUGACAUUGUUAAAGGUAACAAACCCGACUUCAAGAUUUUGACCAAUAAUAAAGAUGAAAUACUCUUUAGCGAAGUUAAAACAAAGGAUUCUUCAUCUAUAUUGGUGAAAAAAGAUUUUAUCAAACUUGCUGAGUUCCAAGCAGGUACUUUGGACGAAUUAAUCACGAAAUACGGAAACAAAAUUGGAACGAUUUCUUUUGGUAUAUGGGUAUGUGGUGCGCAUGUUCGUAUCUAUGAGAUGGAUCUAAAUUAUGACGGAGUAUAUAGAAUGAUCCUGGUCACAAAUGUAUCUUUCCCAACAGAACGGGAAAAAAUCAUAAAUUUGGUUCCGUUUUUAGAAGCGUUUUAUAAUAUCAAAGUGAAUCGUAUUUCUGAAGUUUCAACGGUGAUCGCCUCGCCUAAUUCUCCGUCACGUUCCACCUAUGGCAGGAUGCCUAUCCCUUCGCCAAACCUUGUCAAGAUUGCAAUUACUGGUCUACGAUCAAAUUAA